GACAACAGGCGUACACAAACUAAUCCUGAGGGGAGAUCGUUGAACGGCGCCGAUAAAAGCACAAGAAAUGCCGGUUAAAAAAGGAAAGAAGGGAAAGAAAGCAAAGGGAAAAGGAAAGAAAGAUGGCAAGCAAGAGUCAAAGCGAGAUAAGGAGUCUGAUGUAGAGAGGGCGAAAGCAAACGCGGCUCUGUGGGAGGCCAGGUGUGAUUUGACGGAGACUUCGCGCGUGGAGUACCGUGAAGCGGCCCGAAGACUGAGCAAAAUCAACCAGCAGCUCACUGAUGUACAGAACAACACUGAGAAGAGCAGCAUCGAGGUCAUCGCUGUUCUCAGGAGCAAAGACGUGAAAAACGAGGAGAAGAUAAUGGCACUGGAACAACAAAUAAAGCUCGAGAAAACAAGGGCUUCUCAGGAAAAGGUGAAUUUGGCCUCUCAGUACACGCUAAAGAUCAAUGAGCUGGAGGAGAAGUUUCAGAAGAGGUCUAGCGAGUUUGACGUCAUUCAAGAGGAGCUUAAGAUCAUCAAUGACUUCCUUAAGAAAAAGCCUCAAAUGGAGCAGGAACUCAAAAAUAUGAAAGAAACUAUGGACAAUGCAGAUCUAGAACACAAGAAAACACUUGCAAGAAUGGAGCAAAAGUUCUUCAAUAAUAAGGUUCAUCUAGAGAAAGAAGCGGAGCAAAAGAUUGCUGUGCUUGCAGAAAGAGCUCACAAUGAAGCCAUCAUACAGCUGGAUGACGCAUCUCGCUCGAUGUUCAAGGAGAAUGUGCGUCUCAACAAGGCAUUGGGUUACCACAUCAAAGAAGUGGAGGAUCUGCGGAAGAGAAAUGCAGCGCUAGCAGAAGAGAACAACAUCCUUAGUCUGCAAAAGGAGAUGAGUCUGGACACCUCAAACGAGACCGUGUCUAAGCUUGCAGCCCAGCGGAACACAGUCUCUGGUCUGAGGGCGAAGGUGUUCACACUGGAGCAGGCCUUGGCCAGCAUGGUAUCUGAGUUUGAGUCGAAGAAGGCUGAUAUCAAGCAGCGUGCUGCUGUCCGGUCUCAGGCCGGCGGUGUGGAGCUGGACAAACUGCAGAAGCUCCUGAGCGUACGGGACAGGGAGCUGAGUCGAGUAAAGAGAAUAGCCCGCAGCGCAGUGGAACAACGCUCAGACAUGGAGGUCCUCUUCCAUGAGGCUCUGAACCACGUGAAGCAGGAGAUGUUGAUGCACAGGCAGGAAGCGGAAGUGAAUCGUAGCAAGCGGAUGGAUGAGAUCCUAUCAGGCAGAGCGGAGAACGAUCACAUUCACACCAUCAACAAAACAUCCCACAGCACUUCCAGUGGUACAGAUGGGGCUGAAAAAGGCCAUCUGAAGAAAGCCAAAGUGAACAUAUCAGAGAUGACCUGGGAUCAAAGAGAGAGAGUUCUUAGACUGCUCUUUGCUAAAGUGAAUAGCUUGAAAUCAAAGAAAUCGAUUCAUGCUCCAGCUCUGACUGAUUCUGAAGGGAACCGGUGUAGCAGCAAUCCAGGAAAUGAAGAAGAGGAAUCCCAUGCGACUUUUUUGACCCAGGCGGCAGUUUCCAGCAUGAGCUCCAGUGGAAACUCCAGUGCUCUGCCAGACCUGUAGACCAUCUGAGCUCAUCACGAAGUAUAAGUUAAACGUUGCGUAUCAGCUAUGAAAUACCAGUAAGUGUUCAGAAGUGUCUAACCUACAACUCAAAAAACCUGCCGUGGCAUUGAAGUUUAGACAUGAGGGAAUAUUACCAAAAUAAGAUUAACGGAAGACUUAAAAUGUCUUGGAAUAAAUACACCCACAAUAUAUUGCAAAAAAAACAAACAAAUCAAACAGUAUUUAUUAUAAAA